AUGAGCAUAGAUGAAGGGGAAGGAACAUCAGAGGAAGAAAGCUGCUGUGAAGGGGGAGGAUCACCAAGUCAGACUCCGUCCGAGUUGACCCAAGCUAACCAGGGAGCAUCCGAUGAAGCGCCCGUGCGGGAUGCUAGGAAAGGAAAGGCACCUCGAACUGAGUCAUCCCCCGAGCGGAUCAAUCGCCAGUUCUCUGAGGCGAUUCUACAAGACCCGCUCCCAAAGCAUUAUGCUCCGCUAGUGAUCGGAGAGUAUAAUGGGACAAUCGACCCGGACGACCACCUCAGUAAGUUUGACAACGCCACCACUCUUCAUCAAUACACCGACGGAGUAAAAUGCAAGGUCUUCUUCACCACCCUGUUCGGCUCCGCACAACGUUGGUUUCGGAGGCUGUCGAACGGAUCGAUUCGGAGUUUCAAGGAUUUCCGAACGAUUUUCCUCCACCACUUUGCGAGCAGCAGGUGCUACCAAAAGAACAGCGUCAGUCUGUUCUCCAUGAAGCAGGAGGCUAGAGAGACUCUCCGAGCGUACAUCCAGCGAUUCAACCAGGCCGCUCUGGACAUUCCCGCAAUCUCAUCUGAGACCAUGAUACACGCCUUCACCCAAGGGCUGAUGGAUGGCGACUUCUUCCACUCGCUCAUCAGGAAGCCGCCACGUGAUUAUGACCAUAUGUUGAAAAAGGCGAACAAAUACAUCAACGUGGAGGAGGCGCAAGCAGCCCGUAAAAAGGAAACACCGGCAGAGUUAGCAGCACCGGCCGAGCGGAGGCCUCAAGCCAUUCAUCAACCACCCAGAGGACCCCGGGUCAAGGGGAUGACGCUGCAUCAGGAAUCAAGGUUGCACACUGUCUAA